GAUGGACGCCCUGGUGCGCAGUGUUGUUGGACGUGACCUUGGCGUGGAAGUGCAGCGUGGCGACCGUGUGGCCGUGCUGGACACCCUUCUCCAGGACGGCGACGGACGUGUCGUCGCAAGACGUCUCGAUGGCGAGCGUCACCAGCCGGCGGAGGCUCUGCCUGGACAUGGCGGGGACUGUGUGGACAUGGCGCGCGUUGGUGGAGCGAAAACACGAGACGAGACCCUGGCUGGCUAUGACGUGCACUGGUCCAGCGUCGGCCAUGUCCCUCACACGACACUCCACAUAUUAUUACACUCCCUACCGAAAACGGGCUGACGAUGCCGCGAGCUGUCUCCCAGCGCUACUGCCAUGGCUGAUGUCAAGAGAGAGACGGACGGCCCCGAGCCAGACUCGUCGGCCGGCUUCGACUUCACCCUGCUCCCCGACUACGACACCGACUUCAUCAACGACGCCGACUUUGCCGAGUUCGAGAAAGCCCUCGCCGCGCCCGAGACGUCGCCCUCGACCGAAGACCUCACCGCACCCGCGGCCGGCCCGCGCAAGUUCUUCACGGCGCGUAAUGACUGGCGCCCUGUCCACCAGCGAGUGCGGCGCAAGAAGGCCAAGACGCCGCCGCGACGGGGCACCGACGAGACGCGCGCGGGAUUCGUCUAUGCCCUGCUCAAGUGGCCGCUGCUGCUGGUUGUGCUCGGCUGGCUGCUCUUCCUGAGCAUUGCCUACGUCUUCACGCGCCUGUACAUCUACCUCUACGAGCACCUCGUCACAUGGCGGGGCAUGCGUGAGCGUCUGCGCCAGCGUCUCGUCGAUGCCGUGUCGUACGCCGACUGGAUCAAGGCGGCCAACGACAUGGACGCGCAUCUGGGCGGCCAGUCGUGGAAGGAGAAGCCAGAGUACGCCUACUACGACAGCAAGACGGUCAGGAGGGUGCACGAGCAAUUGGUCGAGCUGCGUCGGAGAGCCGAGGCGGACGAGGCGGCCACGUCGACGCGCAAGGGCACCCAGCGCCAGCACCCAGCUGUCGAGGAUCUGAGAGCACUGGUUGAAGCCUGCGUCAAGGACAACUUCUGCGGCCUCGAGAACCGGAGGCUCUACAGCGAAACCUACUAUGGCACAAAAGACCUCGCCCAAAGCUUCAUCGACGAGGCCGAGGCUUCCUUGUCGUUCCUCCUCCGCACCACGCAGCUCGACGCCGAGGCCAAGCGGGCGCUGUUCAAACACCUGGGCAGCAACUUUGGCCGAACCGCACUGUGUCUGUCGGGAGGUGCCACUUUCGCCUACUACCAUUUCGGCGUGGUCAAGGCUCUGCUCGACGCCGACCUCAUGCCAGAAGUCAUCACGGGCACGUCAGGUGGCGCCCUGGUUGCUGCACUCCUUUGUACCAGGACUGACGAAGAGCUAAAGAAGCUACUUGUCCCGGCACUGGCACACCGUAUAACCGCCUGUCAUGACGAUAUUCUUACAUGGGUCAGGAGGUGGUAUCGUACCGGGGCGCGCUUUGAUAGCGUCGACUGGGCAAAGAGAUGUGCCUGGAUGACGCGCGGAAGUAUGACGUUCAGAGAAGCGUACCAGCGGACUGGUCGUAUACUGAACGUCUCGUGCGUUCCCUCCGAUCCGCAUUCGCCCACAAUACUAGUCAAUCACAUCUCUUCCCCUGACUGCGUCGUGUGGUCUGCGGUACUGGCAUCUGCCGCAGUUCCUGGAAUCCUCAACCCAGUUGUUCUGAUGAAAAAGAACCGGGACGGCACACUGUCACCUUACUCAUUUGGCUCUAAAUACAAGGACGGCUCAUUGAGAACCGACAUUCCUCUGAAAGCACUCAACCUCCACUUUAACGUCCGCUUCUCCAUCGUGAGCCAGGUCAACCCACACAUUAAUAUCUUCUUCUUCUCGUCUCGCGGCUCUGUAGGUCGACCAGUCACCCAUCGACGAGGACGAGGUUGGCGUGGCGGUUUCAUCGGAUCAGCUAUCGAGCAGUAUCUAAAGCUCGACCUCCACAAGUGGCUCAAGGUACUCCGUCAUCUCGAGUUGUUGCCACGGCCUUUGGGCCAAGACUGGAGUGAGUUGUGGCUACAACGGUUCAGCGGCACUAUCACCAUCUGGCCAAAAUCGAUUGUUUCAGAUUUCGUCUACAUCCUCUCAGACCCUACACCUCAGAGACUAUCGCGCAUGAUUCGUAUUGGACAACAAAGCACUUUUUCAAAGCUGAAGUUUAUCGCGAACCGAACAAAACUGGAACGUUUGAUCCAACAGGGGAGACGGCAAUACCGACCUCGAGGAAUCCGCGAGGGUGACCUUGAGAACAUCAACUCAGAGGACGAUCUGCGUGGGUUGCUCGAACGCACAAAGAGCGGCGGUCUAGGCGGUGACGUCUAUCCCGUGUCUGGCUCUGAAUCAUCGUCGUCCGCUGGAUUCUCGCGCCCAGGCUCGCCCUUGGGUCUCCCGUUAGGCUUCACAUUCAUCCAGAGGAACAAGACUGCCCCCCCGAACCUGGACACCAGUUUGACCAGCGAGCAAUCUGCAGUCCCGCCCAGUCCCUCGCUCUCGCAGCGAUUGAGUGGCUGGUGGUCUACUGCGCCAGGAUCUCGACAACAAUCGCGGGGUCGGUCUAGCCAUCCGAGAAAGCAGAGUAGGGGGUUUAUUGGUGGAGAUGAGUCGGACGACGACAUUCUUAGCAAAGAAGCUCCAGCAAGCAAGUCGAGGCGUCGCAGACAACAUGCAAGCGGCGAGUUUGGUGUAGCAGAUAGUGACGAGGACGGUGUGGAAGACUAUGCAGAGAAGGCGGAUUUUGGAGACGACGAAGAUUAG